UACGCCUGUUUUCAGCUGUCAUUACUGAGACUUCGCCCAAAGACUGAUAAACUAUAAACUUUGUUUCCCGUAUAUUUUUAAUUUUAGCACGCUUAUGAGCAUAUCUGGCUGCCAUUCGUGUAUAUUGAGAUAAAUAUUUAGACCAUUACGCUCUAAAUAUUUAAAGGAUUAAAGUGUAUAGAUAAGCUCCGCCCCAACCGUGAUGAAGGCGCGAGCAGAAAGGAAACAGCUGCACACGGUAACGCAUUGAGAGCAGAACUUCUGCCGUUGCAGGCGGGAAAAGUUAUACAACAGCUCUGGGAUUCGAGUUUGCUUUAAUUAAUUAAUUACACUCAAUCUGGACGCCACAGAAGAUUUGUGAACUUUCAGGAAGAAGUGAGGUUGAACUCAGACUUUGACUCCAGAGUCGCAGAUUAUUAUGAGAGGACAAUGGGAAGAAACAGAAGCAUCAUCUGUUACUCCCGAGGAACGACGUGGAUCGAGGAAGAGGAAGGCUGACGUCGCCAUUUAUCUACAGGAUGUGGAUGAAGAUGUGGCAGACAUGACGAGGAAGAAGCAGCGGGACUCUGAGCUCGUCUGGAGCCCUGCUGCAGGUCACAGAAGUCCUCACGGAUGGACAGACAGCGAUCAGUCCAUAACUUUGAAAAACGCAGGUUUUCCCCUCUACAGCUUUAACCAAAUAUUUACCACCCCGGUACACUGUGCGCCACUCCCUGCUCUCUGCUGGGCCAGUAAAGACAUGGUUUGGAGCAACAUGUUGGCCAAAGAUAAAGCAUACAGCAGAGAUGUUCACGUGAUGGACAAACACCCUCAUCUGCAGCCAAAGAUGAGGACCGUUCUGUUGGACUGGCUCAUGGAGGUGAGUGAGGUCUACCGACUCCACAGAGAGACGUAUCACCUGGCUCAGGACUACUUUGACCGUUUCAUGGCCACUCAGAGAAACGUAUUUAAGUCCACACUCCAGCUCAUUGGAAUCACCUGUCUCUUCAUUGCUGCCAAAGUGGAGGAAAUUUAUCCUCCUAAAAUCCAUCAGUUGGCUUAUGUGACAGAUGAAGCCUGUACUGAAGAUGAGAUCCUGAGCAUGGAGAUCAUUAUUAUGAAGGAGCUAAAGUGGAGUCUGAGUCCACACACUGCCAUCUCUUGGCUCAAUGUGUACCUGCAAGUGGCUUAUCUUAAGGAAAAGGAAGAUUUGCUGAUCCCCAAGUUUCCUCAGGUCACCUUUACUCACAUUGCUGAGUUGUUGGAUCUGUGCAUGUUGGAUGUUCAGUGUCUGGAGUAUUCUAACCGCGUCCUUGCUGCUUCCGCUCUCUUUCACUUCUCGUCUCUGGAACUGGUAGAGAAUGUUUCAGCUUUGAAGCAAGCAGAGUUGGAAGAUUGCGUCCGAUGGAUGGUACCGUUUGCUAUGGUUCUGCGGGAACUUGGAGGUUUACCCUUGAAGAAGUUCACCAAAAUUCCUUCAGAGGACAUGCACAACAUCCAGACACACGCCCCCUAUGUAUCAUGGCUGGAAAAGGCAAGCUCCUACCAGGUGGUGGAUCUAGAGUGUCAUAGCAGCUGUGCCCUCCCCUCAGGCACCCUGACCCCGCCCCUCAGCAGUGAGAAAUGUGAGGAUCUGGACCGUCCAGACAGCACAGUGCUCAACGUCAGGCCUAGGCUGCAGACUACGUCUCUAAACACGUCAGACCCUCAGAGCUGCUGACGCACCCAAUAAGGAAACACUGGAGUGGAUUUUAACAGCAGAACAGUGAAGAUGAAGACAAGAUGAUUCAUUGGGAGGAAAAAUGUUUAGGAAGAACCUGACUCUGUGAUGGAAACUAAAUCUAUUUCACGUCCUAGAUUUUUUUUUUUUUUUUUUUUUUUUCUUUUAAAUACAUUUUUUUUUGGUCGGUGAACAUAUAAUUCUGAACAAUCUCACAGAUCCAUUUGAAAAUAGUGGACCAAAAUAGUGGCAGGUUUUUAUUUUGGGGGGGUGGGGGCUGCAUCUUCAGAAGCUUGAAGGAACAGUUCAUUUCUUCACCUCAUGUCGACAACCAGACUAUGUCAGCUUAGAAUCUACAACAUAAGCUUCCUUGUGUCUCACUGAGGGAACACUGCUGCUCCAAAACCACUCUCCCUCUCAGCAAAGUCCAUGAAAUGAAAUGAUUUUAAUGAUGAUCAUUUAAGUUUACAGGGGACAACGCAGUUGUUAAUUCACCGCUACCUUCAUCACCGUUUGUGUUACUUUGACUGUACCAGUGACACAAGCUGACCCCUACAGGUGGCAGCAGAAGUUUAGCAGCUCCUGUGUAUCUGAGUUAAUGUCAACAAUUUGCUCAGUUAACUUUGUCGUGGGAGAGUGGUGGGUUUACAUAUAUCUGUUCUCUGAGGGAGAGAGAUUUAUAUAUAAAGUUGCUUAGAUUUUUUUUUUUUUUUCCAGUCGAGUUGCUGACGUAUUUUCAAGGAGGAUCAGCCUCUUCAGUUGGCACUGAACCUGAAUAUUUUUUUUAACAUCUUAUUUUAAAAGGUUUUCAGCCUUAUUUUUAUAUAUAUAUACAGAAAUUAUAUUUCACAUUUGUUUCUUACUCUAUUUGUAUGUCAUUUUUAAAUAAUUUGCCCACAAAUCCUCAGUUGGUUCUGAGUGCUGCUAAACAGGGCUAGAUAGGUGUGUUGUGUGUAAAUAUAAAAUCCAGGCUUUGCUGUGGUGUUGGUGCCUAGACCUUCUUGAAACAUCUUUUAUGGAUCCAUUACUCCUGCAACAGGCGAGUAAAUACUAAGUUUGAACUGUUAAAUUUAUUUUGUGCUAAGCAAAACUGUAAGAUUUUGUUUGACUUUAUGAAUAAAUUGCUGCUAC